AGAUUUACAACCUAUAUAUCUAUCUACCUGCAAUAUAAUCAUCAACACACUCUCGAUUCCCCCACUUCUCUCCUUUGGUUUCCAAUAACCCAAAAGUUAUACUUACAAAUCCAUUCCAUCCCUUGUGCAGCAGCCUAGCUAGUCUCCUGGCCUAUCUUCGAUUCUUAUCCAAAUUAAUGAGACCUUGUAGUAGUACUUCUAUGAUAAAACCCCAACAAGCUCUUCCCUGAUCUUAACCGAUAGAUCGUCAGCAUAUAAGCCGCGCCUCUCCUUCUGCUACUAGUUUUCUAGCUAGCUAGUACGACGUGCUAUACAACUUGGAGUUGGAGGAAAAAGAGAGAUGAGAGCAGGAGGUUGCACCGUGCAACAGGCUCUAACAGCAGAGGCCGCAACCGUCGUAAAACAAGCAGUUAACCUUGCAAGGCGGAGAGGCCAUGCCCAAGUGACUCCUCUUCAUGUAGCGAAUACCAUGCUCUCUUCCUCCACUGGCCUCCUUCGAACAGCUUGCCUUCAAUCUCAUUCCCACCCUCUUCAGUGCAAGGCCCUUGAGCUCUGCUUCAAUGUCGCUCUCAACCGCUUGCCGGCAUCCACGUCUAGCCCCAUGUUAGGUCCUCAUUCCCACCACCCUUCCCUCUCUAAUGCCUUGGUUGCGGCCUUCAAACGGGCUCAAGCCCACCAGCGCCGCGGUUCCAUUGAGAACCAGCAACAACCCCUACUGGCUGUCAAAGUAGAAAUUGAACAGCUUAUAAUCUCCAUCCUAGAUGACCCAAGUGUUAGUAGAGUCAUGAGAGAAGCCGGAUUCUCUAGUACCCAGGUGAAAAGCAAUGUGGAACAAGCCGUCUCUUUGGAGAUCUGCUCUCAGAAUCCUUCUGUUGGUAAUAAGUCCAAGGAAAGUAGUAACUCUCUAAUCGUCCUUGGGAGUACUGUCCCCCAAUCUCCUCCUUUGAGUCAGUCGUUUAUUGGAAUGAAAGUCAGCAAACCAAGACCUUUAGAUGAUCAUGUUAGGAGUGAAGAUGUGGUGAGCGUCCUGGAGACUUUGAUGCAUAGGAGAAGGAGAAGUACGGUUAUUGUAGGAGAGUGUCUGGCUACUGCUGAGGGUGUAGUUAGAGGAGUGAUGGAUAAGGUUGAGAAGGGAGAGGUUCCUGAAGCUUUGAGAGAUGUGCAGUUUAUAAGCCUUCCCCUCUACCCUUUUGGGAAUCUCUCAAAGGAGGAAGUUGAACAGAAGCUUGGGGAACUCAGAUGCCUGGUGAAAAGCUAUGUCAAUAGAGGAGCCGUUUUGUAUUUGGGUGAUCUCAAAUGGGCUGCUGAAGUUAGGGCUAGUUCUGGUGAGCAAGGUAGGAACUACUACUGCCCUAUAGAGCACAUGAUCAUGGAGCUUGGCAGGUUGAUGUGUGGAUUUGGAGAAAAUGGAAGAUUGUGGCUUAUGGGGAUUGCAACCUUCCAGACUUACAUGAGAUGCAGAAUUGGCCAGCCUUCCUUGGAGACUAUUUGGAACCUUCAUCCUCUUACAAUUCCUGCAGGAGGCUUGGGCUUAAGUCUCAGGUCUGAAAGUGACUCGCAAGGCCAAUUCAGAAGUAAGAGAACUGUAGAUGCUCCCGGUUGGCCCCUGCUUGAAGGUGCAGAGAAACAACUCACUUGCUGCAGCGAUUGCUCAGCGAAGUUCGAGACAGAAGUUCGAAGCCUAACAAGCAGUAGUCAUAACCAUGACUCUAUUACAACUUCCAGCACCUCAAGCUUACCUUCAUGGCUUCAACAGUACAAGAACGAGAGCAAAAGAAAUACCAGUAAUGAUCAGGACUGUGUCCAAGUCAAAGAUCUCUGCAAGAAGUGGAACUCAAUUUGCAGUUCAAUCCACAAGCACCACAACCCACCCGCCGACAGAACCCUAAAUUUUUCUUCGAUCUCACCUUCUUCCUCUACUUCAGUCUCUUCCCAUGAGCACUACUCUAACUUGCACCAGCCUAACCAUGGCUGGCCUGUCGUUAUUGAACCCAAACAAUCAUGGAGGGAGCACCAUUUCUGGAUCUGCGAAACUGGGGUUGAUGAGAGCUUCAACCCAAAUCUAAGAAUGUACAUUCCAGAUCACCGGGAGCCAAAACCGUCUCUCUUAUCCAAUCCCAACUCUAACCAUAACUCCACCCCUAAUUCAGCUUCUUCUAGUGAUGCAAUGGAAAUGGAGUACCUUCACAGAUUCAAGGAACUUAAUGCUGAGAACCUGAAGACCCUAUGUAAUGCGUUGGAGCAAAAGGUUCCAUGGCAGAAAGACAUAAUUCCUGAAAUUGCAAGCACCAUUCUUCAGUGCAGGUCCGGAAUGAUAAGAAGGAAAGGGAAGCUGAGAAACAGUGAGGCCAAAGAGGACACUUGGUUGUUCUUCCAUGGUGUUGAUGUCGAAGGAAAAGAAAAGAUUGCAAGAGAGUUGGCUGGCCUUGUUUUUGGUUCUCAGAAUAACUUUAUCUCAAUCGGUCUGAGCAGAUUCUCAUCAACAAGGGCCGAUUCCACGGAUGAUUUCAGAAACAAAAGAUCUAGAGAUGAGUCAAGUUGCAGCUAUCUCGAGAGGUUUGCUGAAGCAGUUUGCAGCAAUCCACACCGUGUCUUUUUAAUGGAAGACGUAGAGCAGGUUGAUUACUGUUCUCAGUUGGGUAUUAAGAAUGCAAUUGAAAGUGGGAGAGUCACAAAUUCCAUUGGUGAAGAAGUCCGUCUCACUGAUGCCAUUGUCAUUUUGAAUUGUGAAAGCUUCAGCUCAAGAUCGAGAGCCUGCUCUCCUCCCAUUAAGCAGAAAUCCAGUGAGACGACAGAAAAAGAGAAGAGUGCGGCCGAGUGUGAGAAGGAAACAAGCCCAUGUGUCUCCUUGGAUUUGAAUCUCUCUGUCGAAGAAGAUAACAUCGAUGAUCAGUCCAUUGACGACAUUGGACUUCUUGAAUCAGUAGAUAGACGGAUAAUUUUCAAAUUACAGGAAUUGUAAAAAAAAAAAAAAAAAGAAAAAUAGAACCAGUGUAGACAUCUUCUUCGGCUUGUAGUUUUGUUUCUUAGCCCGAGAUUCAGUUUUUUUUUUUAUUUUCUUUCCUCCAUGACAAAUUCUUGAAUAUUUCCUUUGAAUGAAUAUGGAAGAAGGAAUUCGCCAUGUAGAACUACAUGUAUAUUAUCAUCA